AUGGCCUGCAGAGCUGAGCCUGAGCUCAAACCUAAAUUCACAGUUCGCUCUGAACAGAUAGACAAACUCAAGGAGGACGAAUCUGUUCUACACGUGACUAUCUCUGUGCCUGAAGUGAUCCCCGAUGCAGUUCUGCAGGUUGAAGGAGAGAGCUUCUACGUGAACCGUCAAAGACUCGCCCUCCAGAGUCCUUACUUCAGGGCUCUGUUCUUCGGCUGCGGCCUAGAGAGCAGCAAAAGGAGAAUAGAGAUUAAAUGUGUGAGUGUGAAGCAUUUCAGGGUUUUAAUGGACUACAGCAAGACUUCCAAACUAGUUUUGGACAGGGAAAAUGUUCUGGGGAUCCUUGAGACGGCAGACUUUUUACAACUGGAGCGAGCCAGGCUGCUGUGCUGCAAGUUCCUGGAGCGGGAGCUGCACCUCAGUAACUGUCUGGGGAUGAUGGCGUACGCCUGGAGCCUGGGCUGCACUCAGCUCUACAAUGCAGCCCGACACGUGGCGCUCACACACUUCUCAGCUAUCGCCUCAGAAGAGGACUUCCUGUCUCUGUCUAAGGAGUCCUUAGCAGACCUUAUUGCCUGCGAUGACCUUGCGAUCCAUAAAGACGAUGCGGCCCUGGAGGCCACCCUACGCUGGGUGUCAUUUGACCCCAAAAGAGAGGAACAUUUCUUAGAGCUGAUUCAGUUAGUGAGGCCGGAGUCGCUCUCUUUACCGUUCAUCACUCAACUGUUAGUGAAAAUGAGAGACGACCCAAGAGCCAAACUCAUCUGCAUGCUGAACGAACAUUUCCCAGAGUCCUGGUCCAUGGGUAGGUCGAUGACGAGGGCCAGGGCCAGAGAGACCCUUUUUGUCCUGGGUGGACCCCAUGAUACGGAGCAGCAGCCGCUCUACCAGUUCCAUCCGCUCAGUGGUCGAUGGCAGAGCUGCCCCCCCCUGCAGAGGAAGAACCUCACACAGUACUCGGUAGCUGCAGUAGGAGACAACGUGGUGGUGACAGGUGGCUACUUCCGGGACGUUCUGUGGUUCAGCGUGGACUGGGUCCGGAUGUUUGACUGUGGGAGCCAGCGCUGGGUGGAGGGGCCCGCCCUGCAGAAGUCCCGGCACAGCCACAGCUCCGCGGGGCUGGACUCGGUGCUGUACGUCCUGGGGGGCAGCACGGAUGAGGGCCUGCUGGGGGAUGUGGAGAGGCUGGUGCUGGGGUCAGAGGAGUGGGAGGAGGUCAGCCCCAUGGUGAGGGCCGUGGAGAGAGCCGCCUCUGCUGCUAUGGACUCCUGCAUCUACGUGGCUUGCGGCCUGGAUGAAAACGGGGAGGUGUACGCGGGGGUUCAGAGGUACAGGGUGAAGGAGGACCAGUGGGACGUGGUGUCAUACUCUCCAUUUCCAAGAUAUGACCUGGUGGCCACGGAGCUCAACGGCGCCCUAUACCUGUUUGGAGGCCAGGCGCUGCGUUUUGACGUGGAGACGGACGAGUGGACGGUGCAGGACGAGGAGUGUCUGGACAGGAAGUUCUUCUGCGGCUGCACCACCGUCAGCGGGCAGAUCUACCUGCUGAGCGAGAGGAAGAGCAACAAAGCAUUCCCCAACAUGGUGCUGAUGGACCCGUACAUAGACACCUGCCUCCAGGUGGACGACGCCAUCCCCUGCCCGGUGCCCCUCAGGGGGUGCGUCACCAUGAGGAUGGUCACGUGAUGCAACCACUGACCUUUUUAAGGGCUGCACAAUUAAUAGAAAUGGAAUCAAAACUACAUUAAAGAGCUGCAGGAAUGAGUCCUUACACACAGGAGGAGUCAGCAUUUAACCUCUGCUGGUCCCCUUGUCUUAAAGUCAACUUUAUUUUUGAACGUCCUUUUGGUACGCCUGAAAAAAGAUCUUUGGUUAACAACGCCGGAAAGAUUUUAAGUCAGUAAACUGGAGAAUGACUGAAGCUUAUAUACAUCUUUAAAAACAGCAGUUGCUAAAAGAUGGCUUAACGAGACAACUGAAGUAUAACUCCAAAUACUAGCCACCUUUAGCUUAGCGGUGGUGACGUGAAGACAUGUGACUGUCAUUCAGUUCCUAUAGCCCAACGUAAGCUUUUUACUCCUUGAGAUUUCAUGUAUGCCUCAAAAAAUAACUUUGCCCAAAAGAUUAUUCUAUGCCAGAUUCAGAAAUCCAAUGGAAAGUUCACAUUGUGUUUUAUUGAGGGAGCCUUUCACCAUGCUAACUGCACCACUCUAUGAACAACUCUAUUAAAAACCUAAUUGCAAUUGGCUAAUUAUUUGGUCAAGAUAAGAUAAAUGAAGUGAUCUGAAUGAAGUAUUGUGGUGCUUAUGAGAAGUCCCACCCUAAAUGUUAUUCUACAAACUUGGAAAUAAAAUAACCCUUGAAUAAAACUGAAUUUAGAAGCGCCUUCAGAGCUUCCAUUCUCGUGUUCAAGAAACAUUAACGAGCAAAAUUGGAUCUAAUUGCGUGUAUAUGUACAUUUCUCUUGAAGAAUACUUGCCAGAUGUAUUUAUUGUAAGAGGUUUCAUGAUUUGGAUGGAAUAUAAAAUAAGAAAAAGCCGUUUUAUAAACACAAUAUAUUGCCAUUAAAGUAAAACAGCAGUACAAACGUAUUUAAUAGAAGUCUUUUAUUACAACGGGCCGUUCAAUCAACGCGUCAAUGUGCGCUCAUGGGAGAACAGUCAAGUGUUAGCGUCACAUUUCCCCUGGUUUAUUAUAAAUAUCUAUUUUACAGUUUGGGUUAUACAACUUGAUCGUGUGUGAGCCUCAGUGCUAUUACAACCCAGUUUCUAUCAGCAUUAUCUUAAAGGAGACAUAUCACGGUAUUUCAGGUUUCUAAAAACACUUAAUGUCUCCGUCUGAAUUUACCUGUAUUCACUUUCUGUCUAAAAUGCUCAGUUUUUACCUCCUAAAAAAGCAUUUUCACAAAAGAUCUAACAGUUUUCUUUGCAUUGUCACACGUGGAGGGUUGGUAUGGACUCCAGAUUCACAAACGUCUUCAACAGCUACUGGAAAGGAUUUUUGUGUUGUAUGAUAUGUCCCGUUAAAAGAGUUGCUUCAACUACUGUGAAAAGAAAAAGUAACACCUGUUUAUGGUAGUCAGCGAGUGAUGAUGAUCUCUCAACAAUAUCUCUGUGCUAUACUGUUAGUAUAUGUCUCUUUCACUGUGUUUGAAUACAUGUAGACAUUAAAUUACCUCUAUGGUCUGUUAGUAGUGAAUCCUGGUGCAGUCGUAUCCAAAUACGCCUUCAAACUGUAUAAGAAUCCUUUACAUUUGAUAAAGCAUUUGACCUCUGUAGUCACUAAUGUCCGUCUGAUUGCACACAUUUCAUGGCUUACUUUUUACUAGCCAACAUUUAAAGCAAAACAUUUUAACAGUUAUUGUAAAAACCUGCUCAGUGGAUCCUACCAACACACAGAACAAAAACAGUGUAGAAAACAGCAGCCAAGGCACAAAGCUAAAGUCCAGCAGAGCAAACCUUAACACAACGUUAGUUAAACAAUCAUGCUGCUUCACAUAUUAAAACACACACACACACAUAUAGUUUCAGUAUGUAUUUCUAGGAGCAUUACAUUUCUUCCUAAAGGCAGAAUCUGUGUAAGACACGGGGCGU